AUGUCGAUGAACCUGGCCAAUCCAGCGACCCCCUAUCGCCCUGCAUAUCCCAAAGGUAGGCAGGCUAGGGGCAAUUUCUUUCGCCGUCGCCGGACCUUCCUUAUUGAUCACCAGGAUCCGCAAAUUGUCAUCUGCCCAUACUGCGAGAGGAAAGGACACAUUGAGAAAUUCUGCCACUGGAAGAGACUCGACGAAUUCCUGAUGGGCGUACCAUGCUAUGCCGAGAAGCGUCAGCAGCAAAGGCCUCGGCGAAACAGAGGAAGAGGUAAUCGUGCUCGCCAGCGCGCAGCUCAGGCGCGGCGCCGUCGCGAGAAUCGCGCCAAUCUCCAGCAACCACGACCCGAGGGAGGCAGCGAGAGACGUACCCGUAACAGGCACAGACAGAGGUUUCGCCGACGCUAUUAUCUCGCCAACACCCAUCUGAGUUCAUUGCCUGCGUCUACAAAUUGGAUGGGUGAACAGCACCGCGCUCCCCAUGCUGCCCAUUGA